AAAUGCUCGAAAAAUGAAUGAUCGUUAUCGAUUUUUAUUUUAUUCGCAUUAAUAUUUGUAACGCUAGUCCAACGACAUGGCACGAGCGAACAGAACGAAUUUAACAAAUCGAGAGACCUUAUCGCACGAUGAUAAGAUACACGGAACAGAAAUAAACGUUGAAAAAUUUCCGUUUCGACUUAUGAUGGAUGAAACGAAAACGAUGGGUGCACAGUUGAAUCGGUCGCGAACAAGCUUGGAGCACGAUCAGUGAGUGGGUCGAUUUCGUCUAACUAACGUUCCCAAAGCUCCUCGGGACAUCCGUUCUUAUCGCCGAUACCGUAACUAAAGCGGCAGAACGGGGCGCCAUAUUGGGAGACCGAGAGAACGCCUUCUACCCCUUUCCUCUGAUAGCAGAACAAAGGAAAUACGCAUACAUGAAACGAAAUCGAUGGCUCGUUCCAAUGAUUGGUUCCGAAUCUAUUUUACAAGCGAAAGAAGCGAAAUAUUUACCGACAAAUACCCAUCGAAAAUGAUAAAUGAUGGCGCAAAAAGCGAUCGAGGCAUUCGAUCGACGUUAAGCUAAACAACGAAGCUAAAUAACGGUGAGCGAGUCGACGAACAAAGAAGAAGGCGAGCAAGACGUGAAAUUGGGAACCACUGUCGAAGAUAACCAAUGGUCCAGAGUGGCGCACACGCGUGCUCGUACACGCACGUAUACAUCCUUGCACGUGUACACGCAGACAGAUGGCGCUUGUAUGAGAUCCGUGUAGUUCCAAGAAGCGUACAGUCGUCGGAAAAAGUGACGGGUUCUUCAAUGUCGGAACUGGGAGCCGCGGGGGUGGAGGGCGAGCAAGAGAAGUUGAUGGAAAUGUACGCAUUACCAGUCGAGCAUAUUCAUGAAAGUUUCUUGACAUCGACGCCGUUGCAGGCGAAUGACCAAACAGAACCCAGGAGGUCCUCGAUUGUGCAAAGAAAAAUGCCAGUCCGACAUGAACGUAAAGGGAUGGUGAGCGAAGAAACAACGGACCGUUUGUGCAUUUUCUGGUGACGUUCACCAACCAACCGGUCGACGCGUCGUCUCGAAGGGCGUCACGUCACCUUUUAUUCCCGUCUAUUUGCCCUUUGAUAAAGUUUGAAUCUUUAGAGUUUGAUCGUAAAAAUAAAAUAAAAAGAAAAAAAAAGAAAAAGGAAAGAAAAGGAAAAACAAACGAAAAAUAAACAAUAAAAAUGUUAUAGA